CUGUGGCAAAGAAAGAACAAUCAGUUUUCAAACUUUUUAAUUUCUCGCGUAAUUUAUUGAGACUCUUAACAGUAAUGCGUGCCUACAAGGUACAGAAUGCUUCAAGAUCAAAACGAGUUGGAAUUGUGGCGAAUAGUUUUGCUGAUUUUCGUAAAAAAGGAUGUGAUAAACUCAAGGUGAAUAUAAAGACAUGUCAUAUUUGUUUAGAGUCAGACGGAACUGAAGUAGAUGAUGAUGAUUACUUCCAAACAUUACCAGCUAAUACAGUGUUGGUGUUCUUAGAGAAAAAUGAGGAAUGGCAAGGAUAUUCAGCCCUUUUGACAGAUGUAUUUUCAAAGUUAUUGAAAUCAACAGACCGUACUAAAAUUGCUUCUGAUAUUAGGGAUUUUUUAAAUGACAAAAAUGAUUCCAAUGAAAAAUAUCAUUUGAUGUCAGAGUUUGUCAGCAAAUUAGAAUCUAACACAGAAGCUGAAGAAAGAAGUGAUGACUUAAAAUGGUUUGAAGGUGUUGACAGCAGAUAUCAAACUAAAGACCAGGUUAUGAAGAUAUCAGCACAGGGAAGAAUAAGAAAGUAUUUAACCGGGGCUAAAGAACAUUUUGAAAAAGAUGGGAACAACAAAACAAAGGCCAUAUUGCAGCAAUUAAUAAAAACAUUCCAAGAAGAAUUGAAAUGGAAUGAAUAUUACGGUGAUUAUUUUCGAAGAUCAGCAAAUAAAUCACUGCGUUUAUGUGACGAUGCUGGUUGGUUUCUGUGUAAAGGCGCUUAUGAUGUCAACACGUGUCAAUAUCGUCAUAGUAUUAACCCAUAUAGUAAUAAAGAAGCCAGGGUUUUAUUUAGUACAUGGAACUUAGAUCAUGUGAUUGAGAAAUCACGAGAUAUAUUGCCAUCAAUUAUCAAAGCAGUUAGAAGCAUUCCUCGAGGAAAAGAAAUCAAUUGGGAGUAUUUUUAUGAACUUUUAUUUACAACAAAAAAUCUUAAAUUAGUUCAUAUAGCGUGUCAUAAAAAAGGCAGCCAUGAGGGCCAUUCAUGCAAUCCCAAAAAAUUUUAUAUAAAAAAAUCUUGA